CGGCGACUCCCGCUCCUUCCUCAUUCGGCGCUGCUCGGUGCCGUAGUGGCGGCGGCCCCCACGGUGAAGACGGAGUCCGGGCCUGCAGCCUCGCUGGGCUUUCUUUUUUUUGGACAUCGGAUCUUUUUUAUUUUUUCCGCGACUUUUUUUUGAAACGCGGGAUGUGACGGCGGGAAGAAGGAGAAGACAAAGUUGUUGCCGCGGCAAAGUUUGGAGGUCAAGAAGACGUUGGAAGAAAAGCGCUGACGAGUUUCGCAUACCCCCGUUUUACCCUGACCUGUGAGCCCCUUUUCCCUAACCAUGGCUCACCGCUCACAAAGUUCGUCAAUUGGAGAGAACCCCCUCGACCCAAACUACCUGCCCCCGCACUACAAGGAGGAGUAUCGUCUUGCCAUUGAUGCACUGAUAGAAAAUGACGUACCGGGUUAUUGCGAGUUCCUCCAGAAUGCAGACGUGGUCAGCUUUCUCGCGCCACAGGAAAUCGAGCACAUCAAGUCUACCAUCCAGGGGCCCAUUCACCACCAAAGCAUCUCAGAUCUGACUUUCUCAGACGUGGGCCACAAUGUCGAGGGAUCCUCAGACACCUACUGGCCCAUGCAGUCCGAUAUGGCCGCCCCGGGCCUGGACCUGGGCUGGCCGCUCACCCAGCACAACUUUGUCGGGCCCACGGAAGUGACUACUCUGGUCAACCCCUCGGAAGCAAACAUGCCUAGCAUCAAGGAGCAAGCCAGGAGACUCAUUAAGAACGCUCGCCAAGUCGUUGCCGUGGUGAUGGACAUGUUUACAGAUGUUGACAUAUUUGCUGACCUCUUGGACGCAGCAGCACGCCAUGUUCCUAUUUAUAUUCUGUUGGAUGAGCAGGAAGCCCAUAACUUUGUCUCCAUGGUGAUCAACUGUAAGGUCAACCUGGACAUGAUCCAUAUGAUGCGCGUCAGGACUGUAGCCGGAAUAACGUACAAUUCCCGGACGGGAAAGUCCUUUAAGGGGCAGAUGAAAGAUCGCUUCCUGCUGGCCGACUGCAGAGCUGUACUUAGCGGUAACUACAGCUUCAUGUGGUCAUACGAGAAGAUUCAUCGCUGCAUCGCUCACCUUUUCCUUGGCGAGCUGGUUGCCACGUUUGAUGAAGAGUUCCGCAUUCUCUAUGCUCAGUCGGAGCCUCUCGUCGUCGACCCGUCGGACAGAACUCUCGCCCUCUCUGACUCUGGAAGUUUCUUCAACAGACAGAUAGGUUUUAAGAGGACCCAGUCAUUACGGAAUCCCGUGGGUUUCCGAAGGCAACCCGAGAUUUCCUACGGUUUCUCGCACGCAGACCAGGACCGCAACUCUGCACUUCCUUUCCGGAGGAACGACCCAUUCCGACACACUAUUGAGCCCGGGGCAGGAAUCACCAUUGGCAAGUACUCCCAGCAACCGUUCCGCUUGCAGUCGUCAUAUUUGGACCAGGGAAGGUCGAUAGUAUCCCGUCAGAUGGAGUUGAGCGGCUUUAAGAGGCACAGCUAUGCAGAAGGAACCCAAGAGAACUACAAUUCUAAGAGGCACUACAUGAAGCACAGAGUCAUGAACAAUCUCGAUGAGACAGACUUCCACAGAGAACAGAAGCCUCAUUUGUACAAUGAAGGGCCUGGAUCAGGUUCUGGCCACGGACACUUCGACAGAAUACGUUCUACACAUCUAGCCAUUGACCAGUAUUCAGACUCUAGCUCAUUCCGCUCUGACCAAGAGCCAAAUUAUGGAAACUAUGGCAGAGGUGGUGUAAAUCUUUCAUCAGAGGAUUUAAGUGGACCAGAAGGGUUUCAUACACCUCCAAUAGCUGGAAGGUAUGGAGGGAGUUCUGCUCUGAAGAGGCCAACCGUAGGACAGGCGUACGCCUGUCAAACCUCACCCACACAGCUUCACCCACCAGAGAAGAAGCCAUUUUCGAAAAAAUCCGACCAGGAGCACAACCAAGACCCGAAUGUUAGGCAUGGUUUAAGGAACUGGAGGAUCCAUUCGUAUCUUAGUACAUAUGAGGAAGGUGGAGAAGAGGGUCUGAAUCAACCCUUGGGGCCUGAUGCAUUUGAAGAUCCCCCACCUUCUCAGGAGCAAGACAUUUCAGUUGCCCCUAAGGCCAGAGCAGAGAUCCAAAGACCACGCUAUGGAAAGCCAGUUGUACCUGACAGAACCGACAGGGACUCAACCACAAAGGAGGUGCUCUCCUCAGUUAGUGACAAGAGAUCCAUGUCAGUGGAUAGAUAUGAGGAGGAUGAUGGUAGUUUUGGAACGGACGACAGUGAGGCGCCCGACCGCUUCCUUUCGAAACAUGAAUCCUUCCGUUCACGGAUUAACCCGCUCCUGCAGCGUAGCUCCCGUCUACGUUCCUCGCUCAUAUUCUCAUCGUCGAAAGCAGAGAUGCACAGCGGAAGCACUGGCCUGAAAGCAGCCACAGAAGAAGAUGAGAAGUUAGACUCUGUGCGCACUUCCUCCAUCGUAGCCCAGAUCCUAGAGAAGAGGAGGGCUUUAUCUCGAGAACCUUUUGAGUGGAAAAAGACACCCGAGGAGCAGAGUAAGGAGAAAGAAGAAAAAAGUGGGGUUACAAAUCAAGAAGAAGAGGAGAAAAGCUUGACAAAUACAACAGAAGCAAAAGACAAAUACAAGAAAUCAGAGGGACCUUUAAGGUCAAAUGACGGAAUAUCAUCGUCUCUAAAUAUCAAUGACCCGGCCAGUCGACUGCAGUAUUUCAAUGAUGUCGAUGCCAAGAGAAAAGCAUCAAAAAUGGAGACUGAGUCAUCGCUGAAAGUCCUAGAGCCGGCUGAGAAAAAGACAGACGUUUCUGACAAAGUCCCCGAAAGAAUGAUAGCGAGCACGACAACCCCCGCUGCUGCUGUCGUGUCAACAGAAUCCGAGGCAAAGAAAUCAGAAGUCCAAGCAAAAAUUGCCGACCUCAAUCGACGAUCUUCAUUUACGUCUACAAAAGCAUCGCUAAUCUCUCCAAAGCCUUUUGUAAGCGUCGUGAAGCCUUUUGAAGCUCACAAGGACAAUUCAUCCGAUAGCCAAAAGAAAGAUAUAUUAAAAUCAUUGAAGCCCCUUCCGUCCCCUAAGCUCUUUAAAAGGGACCCGCUCAAGCUCAAAGGACACAACCAUCGUAGGAUCUCCUGCGGUGAGGAUCUCUUAACGGAUGCCACUGACACCGAGAAGAGUGAGCUGAAGAAGAAUCGUUCCCAGAGUUCUUCCACUUUGCCUCGAGACGACUCAAAGGAAGUUCAGCAGAGGGGAUCCAACACCUCCAUCAACACACUUAGUAGUGGCGAGGGAAAGGGGGACGGUAAAACCCUUGACUUCCUGAAGAAACAGACUCAGAGACUGAAGGGAUUAUUGGUACCCAAAGAUAAGGAAAAGAAAUCAUCGGGUGAGGACCGCAGCAUUGGCACAGUGAAAGAAAUGGUUGAAGAUUACAGCAAAAAGCAGAGUUCUCCUGCCAAGGAUGCGGAAUCUUCCUCUGCUGAGCAAACAACCGCCAAUCACCGGACAUCAGCCGGCACGUCCGUCUCACGUUACCAGGCCUCCGCUAACUCGGCCCUGUUCAGUAGCAACCUCCGCGAUGACACCAAAGUCAUCCUGGAGCAGAUCUCAGCCAACAGUCAGAAGAACCGUCUUGAGCGGGACGACGCAGGAGACGGCGAGCGCGAUGCCAAGGCCAAGGGUCUGGACAGCGACUUCUCUGCCAAAAAGAACCGCUUUCUGCGACCCCAAGUCGGCCUCCAAGAGAGGGAGGGACUGCUGAAGAGGAUAGAGAGCCUGAGGAAGGAGAAGAAGGUCUACAGCCGCUUUGAGAUGGGGAAUACCUUGGGAUAACAUGAAAGACGGAGGAGUGAGCGAUGACGUGGAGUCUUAAUAAAGCCAGGAUCAAACAGCCAACCACAUGCCAGGUCCGCUUUGGGUGCUUUUUUUCUGUUUUUUUUUAUACCUGCUGGAUUUUGACCCCGGAAGUAAGCUGGAAACUUGACAUGGAAAAAUGCAACAACAACAACAACAGACGUCAAUGGGUGCAGAAUGUUUGUUGACCUUAUGAGGUGGGUGAGCAAGAGGACGGGCUAAAGGGCCGGGGACCCUUACUUGUGUGGACACGACUGAAGGACACAGGAAGUGAGACAUUGCACCGAAACGGAGGCAAAAAUAAAUGUACCUGGAUUCUAGUUUGACAUUUGCCGAGGUGCUUUGUGUUGACAUCAAUUGUGUACUCUUCUUUUUUCUACAUUUUGGGGAUUUACUGUGCCAAUGCAGGAGACAGCAAUGAAAUGAAACAGAAUGAUCUGGGGAACGGACGACGGCUGAAAACACAAACGCAUGCUAACAUGCUAGCAUGCUAACACAUGCGUGCGAGGCUGCAUUCACACCUGUCAUGUUUGCUUCGCUUUACCCGAACUCUCUUCGCUUUACCGCUACGGUACGCUUGGUCAAGUGUGGUCGAGACCGUGGCCGGGGUGGGUCUUGGACCGCUUGCAAGUGAACUCUGGGGCGGUUGGCUUCAUUUCAACUCACAGUGGAGAUUAAAAAUGACAAAUGUAAGACAAAAUGGGUUGGGAGAGUUUAGUUUCUCCCAAUGAUGCUGUUCAAAGUAUAUUUUACAAGAUUUUUGUCAAUUCUAAGAUGAAAAAUAUAUCAGAACGUUUUUGAAAAAAUAUACGUUUUCAACCUAGCAGACAACAUUUUAGUCUGGAAUAUCAGAAUUAUGUCACCAAAGGUCUUUCAAAGUAUAUUUUACAAGUUUUUCGUCAAAUCUAGGAUGAAAAACACAUAAGAACCUUUUUAAAAAAAUAUGUUUUUAACCUAGCAGACAACAUUUUAGUCUGGAAUAUCAGUUAUGUCACAAAAGCUCUUUCAAAGUAUAUUUUUCAAGCUUUUUGUCAAAUUCAAGAUGAAAAAUAUAUCAGAACCGUUUUUAAAGAAUAUGUUUUAACCUUGCAGACAACAUUUUGGUCUGGAAUAUAAGCAUUAUGUCACAAAAACUCUUUCAAAGUAUAUUUUACAAGCUUUUUGUCAAAUCUGAGAUUCAAAAUAUUGAAAAAGAACCAAAUAUUCAACCUGUUAGACAUCAUUUAGGUUCAGAAUGUUUGAGUUAUGUCAGAUAUUUUGUCUUAAAAGCUGCUUGAUCAUGUCAUUUCUUAGGUUUUUACUGCCCAGGUUUUGGUAAGGACAGAAAUAGCAGGGUGGAGCCAACCGCACCAAGGAUAGAUAUAUAUAUAUAUAUAUAUAUAUAUAUAUAUAUAUAUAUAUAUAUAUAUAUAUAUAUAUAUAUAUAUAUAUAUAUAUAUAUAUAUACAUACACUCACACACAUUAGGAGUGUCCCAAAAAAACUUUUUUUUUUUAAUAAGUCGCAAUUCUUACUUGUAACGAUUCCUAAUCGAUUAAAAAAAAAUCAAAUCAAAUACUGAUGAAUUUUUUUUUUUCUUUUUUGAAUCUGCUGCCCAGCCACUCAGACAAAUCCUAUUGUUGAUGUAGGUGAUCUAUCGUAUUUUGCGGAGUAUAAGUCACACCUGCCAAAAAGGCAUAAUACAGAAGGGAAAAAACAUACAUAAGUCGCACGAGAGUAUAAGUCGCACCCCUGGCCAAACUAUGAAAAAAAUCUGCGACUUAUAGUUCUAAAAAUACGGUAAAUCUGCUGUACAGACUUACUUAAGAAAAGACAAGUGUUGGAUACUUCUUUGUAUUGGACUCUAUUAAAUAUUUGGGUACAAUUUGAUAAAACAAAACCAGUUUUUAUUUGAAGUAAUAUAGAAAUGUAUCGUAGCUGUUUUGUGGAGGAAUGUAGUUAAUAAUAGAACUGUCACCCAUUGUUACUAAAAAAGUAUCGAUUCUGAAUCGAGAAUUUAUUCUGAAUCGUUACUCCCGAGAAUCAAAUUAAUCGUGUGGUGCCCAAAGAUUCACAGCCAUACUUACACACACACACACAUAUAUAUAUAUAUAUAUAUAUUUUAAUAUACAGCAUUUACUUGAAUUGCCGCCGGGGCGCUAGUUAUUUUAAAACCUCUUCUCAUUUCGGCGUUUACCAAAGGCAUGCGGUAAAUUUAGGCCUGUGCUUAUAAAUUUGAGUGUGAUGUAAGGAUACCAUCAUGAAAAGCACAUUUAAUUAAAAAAACGUUAUUAUGGUCUUACCUUUACUUAUAAAUGAAGUCCAUGCGCAGCUCCUUCUGAUCAAAAGCAUCGAUAACUUGUUUAUAGAAGUCUUCCUUAUCUUUCUUCAGUUUUAAAAGUCUCUCUGUCUCGAUGGAGAUCUCCCUUUAUUGUCUCCUGCUUCCAUUGAAAGUCCAGUUUAGAAAACUGUUUUAUUUUAGAUAUGUAAUCCUCCAUGUUAAAAGUGCAAGCGAGAUGAAAAAAUAAACCAUUGCUGCUCACUCUUGCUGCUUGUUGUCACUUCUUCUGCAGCCGAGUAGUCGCAAGAAGGAUCACUAGCGCCCUCUACCACCAGGAGGCGGGAGUCAUUUAAUGACUCAUAUUUGACACACGCAGCUACGGUAUAUUAAUAAAACAUAGCUGCUUACUGUUCUUUUUAGCAUAUUCAAUAGCUUGGACCUUAAAUCCUACUGAAUAGCUCUUAAGCUUCUUCCCUUUAUGCGAUUUCAAAUGAUUGAAAUCAGCCUCCUCCAUUUUGAAAAUGAUGACAGGUAACGAGUUUGACCCGGUGGAAAUUCUACACGUGCUAAUAAAAAUAAUAUUUUGCGAAACGAGUUUGACCCGGCGUUAAUCCUGAGCCGGCGGUAAUGCUAAGCAUGCGCUAACUAUUUUGCCAAAUGAGUUUGACCCGGCAGUAAUUCUAGGCAGGCGCAUACUAUAUACCCGGCGGCAAUUCAAGGAAAUACGGUAUAUAUAUAUAUAUAUAUAUAUACAUAGUGGUCUGGAAUAGAGCAGCAAAUGGCAGGUGUGACUGCACCCUAAAAGUCGUCUCAUGAAAGUCGAUGUAAUGAUGGAGUCUGACAGGUUAGACGGGAAUGAGAAGUGUAUGUGUCUAUUUGGCUGCUUAUUUAAUGUAAAUAAACAUGUUUGGUGGGGAAAACAUGAACCACCUGGCUCCUUUGGAAAGGAGUGAGGUGGUUCUGUAGGACAUGACUAACUCCUGGACGCCUCCACUCUGUUGGAUUGUGUAAUUAAACCAAAGAUUAAGUGGU